ACGGCGUAUGCAGUUUUUUUUUGAAUCACACGGCGUAUGCAGUUAGUUGCAGCCUUGCAGGUCCAUACCGGGUUCAUAUGCGUGCGCAGCAUUGCUUCCUCUGUAUAAAAAGCUAGGCGCAUGGUCUUCGCCCCAGGAGCAACAGGGAGUUUGCCUCACCUCCAUUCCAAGCACAUAUUCCCGGCCCGGCAGCUCACCAACUACCUUGCACUUCAAUUCAUCUUAUCGCGGCACGCACAGAUAUAUAUAGAUUAGUACCUAGCUAGAUGCUCAUUUAGCUGCAGAGGCGCCAUGAUUGGGGUGCGCAUUGUCAGUUAUAAGUCUCUGAUCAUGGUGCUACUGCUGGUGCUCCUCGUCUGCGUUGUCUCGCCGGCGACGGCCGCGGCCGGCCGGGCGGAGGAGGCGCACCUGGUGCCCGCGUUGUACGUGUUCGGCGACUCCACCGUGGACGUGGGCAACAACCAGUACCUGCCGGGGAACUCCGCGCCGCAGCUCCCCUACGGCAUCGAUUUCCCGCACUCUCGGCCCACCGGGCGCUUCAGCAACGGCUACAACGUCGCCGACUUCGUCGCGAAACUGUUGGGUUUCAAGAGGAGCCCGCCGGCUUACCUGUCCCUGACGCCAAGAACGAGCCGUCAGAUCUUGAGAGGCCUCCGCGGCGUCAACUACGCGUCCGGAGGGUCCGGCAUCCUCGACACCACGGGGAACACGAUCACGUUGACGAAGCAAAUCGAGUACUUCGCGGCCACCAAGUCCAAGAUGGUGGCGAACAGCGGCACGUCGGCCGUGGACGAGCUGCUGUCCAGGUCCCUCUUCCUCAUCAGCGACGGCGGCAACGACGUGUUCGCGUUCCUGCGGCGGAACGGGACGGCGACCGAGGCGCCGUCCCUGUACGCGGACAUGCUGUCCAGCUACACGCGGCACGUGCGGGCGCUCCACGGCCUCGGGGCGCGGCGGUUCGGGAUCGUGGACGUGCCGCCCCUCGGCUGCGUGCCGUCGGUGCGGGCCGCCUCCCCCGACGGCGCGUCCAGGUGCGUCGACGGCGCCAACGCGCUGGCGAGGGGCUUCAACGACGCGCUCAGGGCGGCGCUCGCCAACCUCACGGCCUCGGGCGCGCUCCCGGGGGCGCGCUACUCCGUCGGCAGCUCCUACAGCGUGGUGUCCUACUUCACGGCGCACCCGGGAGCGGCCGGGUUCAGGGAUGUGGCCAGCGCGUGCUGCGGCGGGGGGCGGCUCAACGCGCAGGCCCCGUGCGCGCCCAACGCCACCUACUGCUCCAACCGCGGCGAGUACCUGUUCUGGGACGGGGUGCACGGCACGCAGGCCACGUCCAAGAAGGGCGCCCUGGCCAUCUUCUCCGCGCCGCCGCAGAUGGGCUUCGCCGCGCCCAUCAACUUCAAGCAGCUGGUGUCUUCUUGAUGCUUGGAAUCCGGAGCUUUCCACCGGUGUGACACAAAUCACUACACCUAGCAGCCUAGCACUACCAAAACAGCUUUUGAUUAUUACACAAAUCAGUAGAGAAUACAAACUAAUAAACCAUGUAAUGUAGAGCCAUAGAGGGAGGGAGCAGCAUGUACACAGAUUGAGUCCAGCGAGACAAAUUUCUCGCCAUGUACGCUCGCGAAUAAACUAGCAGGUUGCACUAUUUGGACGC